AUGGACUCGGAGGAUGGACAAGUCUUUGUCAAGAGUUUAGCACAGUUUGUUAGGACACAUGAGAAAGCCCUUGCCAACGCCUUGCAAUUGCGCAGGCAAACUCCCAAAAAUGGACAAACAAGCGUCGCUACGGGAGAGACCCCUCCUACACACAUCAGCAGCUACCAAAACUCUGCUCCUUCGUCGUCCACAUCGAAUACUCUGGCAGCUGCCCUUUCCCUUGGAACCCUCAAUUUCACCUCUCAAAGCCUUAAGCCGGCCAAGCUCACCUUGACCUCACACCACCUUUUCUACCUCUUAUCACGCAUAGAAGAGAUAGGAAUCCCUGUGGGGCCAAUGAAUGUGCGAUUAGAAAACAUCCAUGCAGAGGCGUCGCCCGCCAAUUACGUCUCUUUUCUUAGCCAGUCACAAAGGUCUCAGGGCCGCAGCGAUCGCGAUUCGAUUCACUCCGUAUCUAGCGUUCGCAGUGUCAUGUCAGGCAUGUCGAACCUAUGGUCUGGUUUUGGCCUAGGGUCUCCAACCAGUGCUGCUAAGACAGAGAAAGCUGAGGCGCAGCUGUUGAUAGACCUGAAAUAUCUAUACUCCGCUUUCACAAAGAUACCAUGCCUACGACUAUCACCAAACCGUAAAGCACGUCUGAUUGGAGGGUAUGAGGAGUUUCCUUUCGAUACUGCAGUACCAUUGCUAGCCUUCAAGAAUGUCAGCGCACUUGAGAUAUGUGACGUAGACUUUCGACAAUUCUACGGCUGGGAUAAAUUGGCAGAGCAACUGCGUUCGCUCACUGUGAAGCGAUCCAAUGUGGAUGACCCGACAGAUCUCUUUGUCAACAUCGUGCUAGACGACAUGGACAAGCGAAGACGGCGCUCGUCUAGAGCGCAACUACCAUGGCCAGCAAGCCCUUCAUUACGUUUCAGUGAUAUAGGACGGGCAAAUUCCACUCCUAGCUCGCCCGUGAUUGAUGACAAGCUCGGGGAGAGUCCCAAGAAGAAUCUCCAUCUUCACCAAGAUUCCGACAUUCCGGCAUCUCAACGUCAGAGACCAGGGACGAAAAGCGUAUCUCCAAGCCGGCCCAGCACCUCUAGACAGGUCAAAGUUAAACGUUCGGGAUCUGGAAGCUCGAAUUCAAGUACCCAUUCCUUUGGUUCCUUCCCGAUCGGUAUACUCCCAGCGUCAAAAUGGAGAUUCCUGAGGCACUUGAGUCUUGCGGAUAAUUCCCUCACAUCAAUAACAUCUUCCAGUUUUGCACCCCUUUCCAAUAAUUUGCUCUCAUUAGAUUUGUCCUCUAACUUGAUCGUCGAGAUUCCAGAGGCUCUAUAUAUUUUGACUUCUUUAAGGGCUCUGAACCUUAGCAAUUGCAUGAUUGGAUCUCUACACUCGCUGAGAAGGAACCCAUUGCCGGCUAUCACUGCACUAAAUCUUCGCGCAAACCGACUGGUAUCCAUUGCAGGCGUCGAACGACUCCUAUCUCUGGAGCGUCUUGACCUUCGCGAUAACAGACUACAAGACCCAACGGAAUUAGCCAGACUCACUGGCAUCCCAGAUAUUCAUGAGAUCUGGGUUUCGCGUAAUCCUUUCGUCAAGAGCCAUGGCAAUUAUCGCGUCCAGAUAUUCAAUCUUUUCCGGAACACCCCGGGUUAUUCCGAGGAUAUCAUGAUUGAUGCUUCGGCUCCUGGCUAUGGUGAAAGAAGGCAAUUAAGAGAUCGUGUGAUCGAGCCAGAAGGAACCCCAAUCGUCCAGACAAUUCCCCUUGAGCCAACGUCAAAUCUUCUAGCGCAGACCCAGCAGACCCAUAAAAUUAAUGACGGCGCAGACGGACCGGAUUCACAGCGCCCAUCACCUCAAACGACACAAAGUGAGUUUGCGGUAGGGUCAGCUCGUCGAAAAAAGGGCCCAAGGCGGCGCAUCGUAGACGUUGCUCGGGAGAGCUCCUCCCUCAAUCAACAAAGUCAAAGGGAAAUUUCGCAAGACAUCGCACGUUCAACACCCGCCAGUGUUUGCACCGACGACGUGUCGCCAAGGAGCAAGCCGACCUUACUCCCCCCACUGCAGAUUCGAUCUGACAUACCAUCGCCACAGCCGCAGCCGCUCGGAACAAUAGAUUCAGCCGCUUUCUCACCUCCAGAUGUAUCCGACAAAGGACAAUCUCUUGUCUCGGAAAUCCAAAAUUUGAAUCUCAACGUCAACGGUGAAGCAUAUCGACAAAAGAUUGAGAGCCUCAAGAGCGAAGUUGGAAGCAAUUGGUUAAGUGUGCUGAGUGAAGAGGGCUGGAAUCAGCACCACAUGAAACCAGAAGUCCCUGCUUUUCGAGCAUCGAGCCAGGGCAUUCUCAGUGGCAGUCGCACUCUAGGCUAA